AAAGAAAAAAAAAAAUGUAAUAAGGUGCCCGCCAGUCAAAUCUAUAGAUACAGUAGGCGUAGGCAUAGAAUGCUGAACACGUAGGCAAAAACACACUCGCUUUUAAGCAAAUCAGUUUAUGAUCCAGAAACAAUACUUCAUCAGGCGGCGCCUUUCACUUAGCCAACUCGCAUGUACGCACGCACAUAUGGCCCAAAUGGCCCAAACAAUAAAGCUCAGAUCAAGAAGAGCGUAGAACAAAAAAAAUAAAAAAAAAAUAAAUACACCAAACAGAUGGAAAAUGUUGAUGCGUCACGUUGUUGCAAUCAUUAGAGGAAUAGGGGCAGAGUGUGUUUGGAAUCAGCAAACGUGGCUCAUAUACGCUGUAUAUGCCGCUCAAAUGGUUAACAAUUGUCCCGGCCAAUUGCCACGGCCUAUUGAAUGGCUGGCGAAGUCAGUUUAAUCAACUUGCGAAGAUGCAGCCAAAACAUGAUUGGUGUGUUCGCCUUUAAUUAUGCAGUCAACUCUUUGCGGGGUUUAUUUGAAUGUCAGCCAUUUUAUGGUCCUCGCAUCAGCAUCAGCGUAGCGCCCUCUGGCGGCAGUAAAUCUAAUAACAUAAGCCUCGCUUUUCCAGCUCCCAACUUUAUACGCAAUAUGUGGAAAAGUCAGAGACCUUGUUAUUUAUAUGCACGCAUAAAUAUCAGGGCCCAGCGUCUGACCACAGUUGACUUGGAAACCGCAGAAAAUGGCAUAAAAGUCAACAUGUUGAACAGAGCCUGCAAAAAAUAUAGCCACAUAUAGUGUGCGAGUGUGCGAGUGUGCGUGUGUGCGAGAGACUUUUCAUAUCUGGCCGGGCUAUAAAGUAUAAAUUACAGGCAAAUGUGUAACGCACAGUGUAAGGCAACAGUCCGCACGCACAACUAACUAACAACUAUUAAGCCUCUGUGUGUGUUCCACUGUCUUUCUGCCUCUGACUCUGCCUUUGACUCUUACUCUGAAUCUGACUUCGUCUCCGGGUGAAAUACGGCCAUAAGACAUCGGGCAUAAUCAACAUGCGUGGCACUGUGUGCGGUUUACACAUGCGCCAUGCCAUUUUUCCGGUGAUUAAGUGUUGAUAAGUCUAUAAAUUAACUCGAACACACGCGUCUGCCGACAAUGCCAGUCAGACAGACAAUAGACUGGGAAAUCGCAGGACUCCUCGGCCUUGGUAGUUGUGCAGCAUGGCCCACAUGUCGGCUACGCAAUGUGUAGCCACACAUACAUAGGUAUAUAUAUGAUAAAAGCACAUAGACAUAUAUUAAUCAUGCGGCAAAGACAUUUACAUCUGUAUGGCCGGCCAGAGCUGAAUGUCCGAUUGCGGGUAAAACUGUUGCCUACUUAAUGAUAUGGAAUACCCUGGGGGGGAAAAAGUGUGGAAAGCAAAACAAAUUAGAAAUUCAAGCUGGGCAGCGUAUUGCAGGUGAUUACAGUAUCAGCAAUUCAACAAAAUAACAUCCUUUGUUGCGGUCACAAAGAACUACAAGUUCAGCAACCGAUAGUUAGGCAAUAAUUGAUUAUUGUGCGUAGCCAGUGGGAAUCGUGGGAACGUUUUGCCUAAGAGUCUUAUGGGAAAAAUAAAAUAAAUUGCAAUCGCCUUUCAAUAUAAAAGCGCUUGUCGAGCAUUCUUCAGCAGUUUAUGUCAGAUUGGUAGACAGACAAGUAAAGCAAUGUUGUUUAGGUACUUGCGAAAACCCAUCCCAAAGGAUUUACUGACUUCGCCAGACGCAUUGCGCUACUUUGAGUAUGGCAUGUAUUGGAUGGGAUGGUUGGCUCCUGCAAAGAACAAGUUGUUGUACCACAUAAUAGCUGGCAUACUUAUGGCCUGGUGCACUGCCUAUCUGCCCAUUGGAAUUAUCAUUACUUGUGUUAAGGACAUCAAUACCUUCAAUCCCAGCGAACUCCUAACUGUUCUGCAGCUCUUUUUCAACUCGGUCGGUACACCCAUUAAGGUCUUGUUCUGUAAGAUGCAUUUUUGGCGAUUUCUUAAAGCACGUAAUCUGCUGGGCGAAAUGGACAAACGAUGCACUGAUAUUGCGGAACGCAUUGUGGUCCAUCGAUGGGUGGUUCGCUGCAAUGGGGCUUACCUCAUCUAUCAGUGCUUUUAUAUAUCCUACAUUUUAUUCACUUUCCUAUCGGCCGCCAUUUCGGAAGUGCCGCCAUGGCGCAUCUACAAUCCAUUUGUCGAUUGGCGCGAAAGUAGACAAAACUUCUGGAAGUCAAUCCUCAAUGAGAUGCUGCUCAUGAUGUUUUCCGUCUCACAAGCUCUUUUGACCGACUUUUAUCCGCUUAUCUAUGGAUUCAUGUUGAGAGCCCAUAUCCAACUACUAAAGCAAAGGGUCGAAAAAUUGUGCUCGAAUCCCGAAAAAAACGAUGAAGAAAAUCAGGAAGAUUUGGUUGAAUGUAUCAAAGAUCACCAACUGAUCCAAGAAUUUGCCAAGUUGAUACAUCCAAUCAUCGCCCGCACUAUCUUUACACAAUUCCUUCUCAUUGGCGUUUCUUUGGGCUUGUCCAUAAUAAAUGUGGUUUUCUUUGCAGACUUUUGGGCUGGUUUGGCUACAGUUGUUUAUAUCAAUGGACUGAUGAUCCAAACGUUUCCGUUCUGUUUUGUCUGUGAUCUCAUUAAGUCGGACUGUGCUCAUCUCGAGAUGGCCAUAUUUCACUCCAAUUGGCUUAACACCAGCCGGAGAUACAAACUUUCACUGAUUUUCUUCUUGCAGAACUGCCAAAACCCGAUUGCAUUUACAGCUGGCUCAGUUUUCCCGAUAUCCACCAGUUCAAAUAUUCAGGUAUUAAAUAAAAUACCUUUCCCAGCUUUAAAACAAUUUAAUUUUUUUCAGGUGGCUAAGUUGGCUUUUUCGGUGGUUACUUUUGUCAACCAUCUAAACAUUACUGAACGAUUAGCAAAAAAUUAGAACAUAAGACAUAUAAUGGCAGCAAUGAUAUUGUAGAAAUUAUAAAAUUAAUAGUUUUAUUCAUUAUAC